AGCCAGUAUUGGUUCCAAAGUUUGACCGCAGACACCAAAACGACCCAGUCUCUCUCUCUCUCUCCUUUUGAUACGUUGCACCGGUGCCCAUAAAUCCCUUAUUCAACUUUCCCUUUUUUCUUGUUCAAAUCUCGUUUUAAAUUCUUAUGGCGGUUGAUUUCAUGAGUCUUUACCGAAACAACAACGUUUUGAUAACCAAAAUGGAAGAUAAUUCCGUACAAGAAGCCGCUGCUGCUGGUCUCCAAAGCCUCGAGAAUCUUGUCGGAUUACUCUCGCAUCAAACCAAUACGACGUCGUCCUCAUCUUCUUCUCCUCCUCCUUCUGAAUUUGUUGAUUAUGUAGCUGUUGCUGACGUGGCGGUUAAUAAGUUUAAAAAAUUUAUAUCUCUUCUGGAUCGGAACCGCACUGGUCACGCGCGGUUCCGACGUGGACCGGUUUCUACUCCGGUUCACAAAUCUUCGCCGGUGGUUACACCGGCAAAGAUUAACCACCAACAGAACCACCAGAUAAUAACUGGUGUUUCUGCGGUGGUGGCAGUGCCGGAUAAGGUGUAUUCUCCGGCACCAAUACAGCAACGGCUUCCACCGCCGUCUCAGGUGAAUAGUCUGCAUCUAGUGAAAUCUGAAUCGAUAGGUAGGAAGGACUUUCCGGUGACGACUAUUAACUUCGCUGCUGCGGCAGCUGCCGCGACGACUCAGGCGAACUCGUUUAUAUCGUCGUUGACCGGAGAUACAGACAGUUUACAGCCGUCGAUGUCUUCUGGAUUUCAGAUCACGAAUCUGUCACAGGUUUCGUCUGCUGGUCAACCGAAUCACUCGUCUUCUUCGUUUAAACGGAAAUGUAAUUCUGUUGGUGAUUCCCACACUAAAUGUGCUAAUUCAUCUGGCCGAUGCCAUUGUUCGAAGAAAAGGAAAUCGAGGAUGAAGAGAGUGGUUAGAGUACCGGCGAUAAGCAUGAAGAUGGCGGAUAUACCGCCGGAUGAUUACUCGUGGAGGAAGUACGGUCAGAAACCGAUUAAAGGAUCUCCACAUCCAAGAGGUUAUUAUAAGUGUAGUAGUAUAAGAGGUUGUCCAGCAAGAAAACAUGUUGAAAGAGCUUUGGAUGAUCCUGCAAUGCUUAUUGUUACUUACGAAGGAGAACAUAACCAUUCUCAUAAUAUGAACGACACGCCGGCGGCUAUAGUUCUUGAAUCUUCUUAAACUCACGAAAAACGUAUUCUAUCGGAUCAUUAUAUAUGUAGCUUACAUGGAAAACAAAAUGUAAAUCUCAAUUGCUACCUUUGUAGAGGGAAAGGGCUUUGUAUGGCUGUAGUGUCAACAAGAGGAUGAUUUGAUUUGUUACUAGACUUUUUUUUUUAAUUUUCUUUUAUAUAGAUUUUAUGUGUAUCUGUAUCGAUCUUUUUUUUAAGUGUUCUAUAUGGUAAGAUUAUCAAUUAUUUCAGAUUA